AUGGUCGGUACUUUUAUUGGUCUCGCUUUUGACCCCACCCAGGCUGCUAUAUAUAGGCGGUCUGCGAAGAAGAAUCGUGAUGGGGAGAGUUAUGGUAAGCCGGUCCCAGAGGCCCGUCUGUAUUCUUCUAUACCGGGCAGUCUGCUCUUCGCGGCUGGCAUUGGAUGUACUGGUGUGGGAAUCUAUACGAUCUUGAUGGCCGUUAAUAACUUUCUCAUCGAUGGCUAUGAGAAAUAUGCUGCGUCGGCCUUAUCUGCUACCUUGCUGGGCCGAAACAUUAUUAGUGCUUUUGUACCGUUGUCUUCCACUGCGCUGUUCACGCAUUGGGGUAUGGCUGGGCCGGAACAUUGCUGGGGUUUAUCGGGCUUGCUCUCUCGUUCGUUCCUGUGGUGUUAG